UCUCGCCAAGCUGCAGCCCCUCUCUCUCUCCUCACUUGUUCCUUAACGCACAGACGCUGUUGGAUUCAUGGAUGUUCGCUGAACCACUGUUUGCGUUAGUGAAGUUGUGAUCAGAACGUGUUGUUCUCCUGCAGCUUUCCUUUUAUAAUGUCUUUGUGAGGAAAGGCUGCUUUCUGAAAGAGGUCUCACUCUAAAGGUCUCGAGAAGGAAGUAAAGGCGUGCUUCAGCUGCCGAACUCUGGCGGGACGGACAGGGACUAUGUUCUCCACAGCAGGGAAGCGCGGUUUCACUAUUGAGUCUUUGGUAGCCAAGGAGAGCCCAUUACCGGGGGAAGACCCUAUCCGCCCGACCGCGUUAAGCUACACGACCCCCACAGACAGUUUUCUGAACGCUUAUCCCAGCCCAGCAGGUCGCGCGCUUUAUCCCAACCCCGAGCUCGUUUUCCCGGAGUCCGUGCAGCACGCGCCCAUCGGCGUGCACCCGCACCAGCUCGGCGGCGCGCACCUCCAGCACCCGCACUUCUUCAGCACGCAACACCGCGAGCCUCUCAAUUUCUACCCAUGGGUCUUGCGAAACCGAUUUUUUGGUCAUCGGUUUCAAGGAAACGAAGUCUCACAUGACUCGUUGUUACUGCACGGGCCUUUCGCGCGGAAGCCCAAGCGGAUCCGCACAGCCUUUUCCCCCUCACAGCUCCUGCGCCUCGAGCGAGCCUUCGACAAGAACCAUUAUGUGGUGGGAGCUGAACGCAAACAGCUCGCCAAUAGUCUCAGCCUGUCCGAAACCCAGGUGAAGGUGUGGUUUCAGAACCGCAGGACCAAAUACAAAAGACAGAAACUGGAAGAGGAAGGUCCAGAGAGUACACAAAAGAAGAAGGGGAAUCAUCACAUCAGCCGAUGGAGACUCGCCACCAAACAGGCUGGAUCUGAGGAUAUAGAUGUCACAUCUGACACCUAGAACCCAAACAGGGCCAAGAAAAGCUCUAUUUAUUUAUGUUUUAAGGAAUGACUGCAUAUGAGUCUAAACUUGGCUGCUGUGUGUGUGUGUUGAGAGAGAGAGAGAGAGAGAGAGAUUCAUUGGCAUGUAAAUUGUACAAUGUUAUUUUUCUCUAUUUGUAAAUGUACCCCAAAGUAUGAUUUUGCGCUCUUUCUCCAAAAUCUGCAUCAGAAAACUAAAACUGGCACUAAAUAUACGAUUUUUCAACAUGACACAAUUGUCAUACCAGUGCAUUUAACCUAAUUUACUAAUGUAAAUUGCUAUCUUGUACUCGCAGGUAACAGUCAAUUUUCAUUAAAGACUUCCAUCCCUGAGUCCAUGAUUUGAAAAAAAUAUUUUCAUUAAGGUUUUCCGGUAGCACUUGGCAUGGGUGGCAAAACAAACAAAUUGUGAUGCAAGGGAUCAUUUUACAGGCCAGUUUAGACAUGACUUACCCACAGUGUAGGAGUAAGAGCCUGCAUAUGUGUGUGUGUGUGUGUGUGUGUGUGUGUGUGUGUGUGUGUGUGUGUGUGUGUGUGAUGAUCUGAAUGCUCGGUUCUUGUUCAGUCAUGGUAAUGCAGGCUGCUGGAUGCAGGUUAAAGUGUGAAUACUUCUCUGAUUCAUAAACAGAAACUACUGACUACUUGCCAACUGUCACAUUAAUGCCUGUAUAAUGUACAGUACAUUUAAAAUAUAAUUUUUCUCCCACAGAAAGGGACCAUAAUAAUAAAUAUGUUUUAGAAACAA